AUGCCGCUGAACGAUGUGGCAGUUCUCCCGGUCAACUUGGACGACUACACCGACGAAGAUGAGAAGGACGUGGAGAUCGACUCAACACCGACCAAGCGGCUCCUGCCCUCACCUACUCGACUGACCCGACUGGCAAAGACUGCCAUCGCCUUCUUCGUCUUCGUGCUCUUCGGCGACGCCAUCCUCACGACCGAGAUGCAGUUCCUCCCUCGCUGGGCCAGCUUCGACCCGCGGUGCAGCCCCGACACGCUCGACGUCUCCAGCGUCAACUACCGAUCCGACCACCGAUUCUACGCCAUGGUCAAGGACAUGGCGGCGCUGAGCUCCCCCACGUUCCGCGGCAAGCACGAGGCUCUGUGCUCGGACGACCACGCGGACGAGCGCAAGUUCGAGUACUGCCUGCCGAUCACGAGCCAGGACGACGCUGUGUUCUGUGCUGGGGCGGACCGCAUCGAUCUCCUGGUGCGUCAGUCUCCGCUGACGUUGUGUCGCGCCAGUGUCAUGCACUUGCUGGUUACGGACGUUCUCGAAGAGCUGGGAGCGAUCGACGCGUCUUCAAACGCCAAAAACGCCACCUCAACGCUUGACACCAAUGCGGAUGCAACUGCGGGAGUCACGACCAUCGCGUACGAAGGUAGUGUACCGCUUGGCAAUGACUUUAAUGCAGCGUUGAAGCGGAAGGGCUACCACAGCUUCCUCGACGACAACGAGUGGCGCGUGUGUGUGGCACCAACGCACCCGCUCGCAUCGCAUCUGUACGACCCGGACCGGAAGAUAACGACGUCCGGGAGACUCGUCCCCCACGUGAAUAUCGUCUUGUCGACAGCUCCUAGCACCGGUGCUGCUGAGCCGGAGAUGGUCAACGCGCAUGCCCACUUGGACGACGCCUGCAUGCCGAACAUGAUUGAUGCUAAGGACGUCGAGUACGCUUCCACGCAGCGGUUCUACACGAUGCUGCAGACGAUGGAGGCGCUCCCGGCACCCGUUUUCCACGAUGAACACAAGACGCUGUGCAAUGAGAACGCCCGUGAAGACCGCGACAUUCCCUACUGCCUUCCAAUGUCCACCCGAAACGACCCGAAGUUUUGUACCGGGGCUGAGCGAAUCAAUCUUCUCGUCCGCCAAUCCCCAUCGACGCUGUGCCUAGCUAGCGUUUUGCACAUGCUGGUUGCCGAUGUGUUCGAGGAGCUCCAAGCAGCAGGAGUGUCUCCGAAUAUCGACCUGGGCAGUGAUAGCGAGGGUGGCUCUGCUGACGGGCUGACUGAAGACGUAGAUUUCACCUUCAGUGGGGAGAUGGCAACGGGAAACGCGCUGGACCUGGCACUGCUCAAGAAAGGGUACAACCUCUACCUCAACAACGACAAUUGGCGCGUGUGUGUUGCCCCCAUCCACCCGCUCGCUGCGAAUCUCUACAACCCAGACCAGCCUAUUGCCAUCAACGAAUACGCCGGGCCCUACAUCAACUUGGUCUCUGUCAGCCAGAAGAAGACAAAAGCGAGACCCUGUGAGAGCCUCCUGCGGCCGAAUCCGAAGAAACUGAGCCCCCCUGUUGAAGAGACUGAGGCUCCAGACACACCCGAACCCGAAGCUCCAGCUGAGACCGAAGCCCCGACAGCUCCGGAGCCAGGUUGCUCUCCGAACAUUGUCAACGUCGUCGACGACGGCUCGGAGUUCUACUCGACGAUGAAAAGCUCAGGGGCGCUAUCCGCACCGCGAUUCAACGGCGCGCACGAGGUUCUCUGCAACGCGGACACUCGCAAGUUCCGCAAGUUCCGCUACUGCCUCCCGAUCUCCGGCCGGAAGGACUCUCCGUUCUGUGCCAACGCCGACCGGAUGGACAUUCUGCUGCGCUAUGUCUUGCACAUGCUACUUGCCGACGUCUACGGAGAGUUGAAGGCGAUCGGAGCUGUCCCUCUCCUGACGUUCGGAACGCUCUUAGGUGCCGUUCGAGACGGGGGCAUGAUCCCGUUCACCGAAGACGUCGACAUUGCCUACAGAGGAAAUAUUGUCGACGGAGGAGAACUGGACGAGCGACUGUGGCGCAAAGGUUACCACCUCUUCGACUAUAACAUUUGGCGACUGUACGACCCAAGCCACCCCAUUGUCGAGGACUACACCGUUCCGUACGUGGAUCUGUACGCAAUGGAGCAGCAAUUCGGCAGUUCGUGGUCGAUGCAGGAACUCCAAGCGCGGAUACUUCCCAUUGAACGCGUCGAACCGCUUGCCUAA